CCAACACAUUUAGUAGAAAGAAGUAGUUUCAAAAUCAAUUUUCCCCCUUUUCCAAUUUGUAUAAGGUUUACUGUUUCUACAAAUUCCCUACCAAAAUCCAUAUAUACAUCGAAAAUUAACAAUGGAGAAUGGUGAUGGAACAAAUGGGAAAAGGAUAAGGGCUGAAGAUGUGAUAUGUGAGCUCAAGGACGAUGGCGAUUUCGAUAAAUUUCGCCUCAAAAUUGAGGUUGUAAGCAGAUAUGCCGUCAGAUACUGCAAGAGAAAAUGCAUCUAUAGCUAAUUCCAUAGUGACUGACUGCAAAAAUGAAAGAAGGAAUUUUGAUGGACCAGAUAGUUCAUGCCUUGGAGUAAAUGAGGAUACCAAUCGUUCUAUAGCAGAGGAGCUCACAGUUUCAUCUCCGCCAAUUGGAAUUUCAAGUGUAAUUGAAAAGGGUAAACUCUAUAGCAUAAGAUAUUUUGUAAUCAAGAGUUUGAACCAUGAAAAUAUCCAAUUAUCAGUAAACAGAGGGAUUUGGGCUACUCAAGCCAUGAAUGAGGCCAUUUUGGAUGAAGCUUUUCAUAAUUCCAGCAAGGUUAUACUGAUAUUCAAUGUCAACAUGAGUAAGUAUUUCCAAGGGUACGCCCAAAUGAUUUCUUCUGUUGGUUUGAGAAGAGACCAAGUUUGGAGUCAAGGAAAUGGUGGUCGUAAUCCUUGGGGUCGAAGCUUUAAAGUGAAUUGGCUGCGAUUGUAUGAUCUGCCUUUCCAAAGAACUCUUCACCUUCAGAAUCCAUGGAAUCAAUACAAAUCAGUCAAAAUUAGUAGAGAUUGUCAGGAGUUACCUCCAGAUAUUGGUGAAGCUUUAUGUGAGCUCCUUGAUGGACAGGAUGCUUUGGAUGUUGAUUUGAAAAUGGAUAUCUUUGCAAGGAAUGAUCUCUCUUUUAAAAGGCCAUAUGUAGAGCCUUCACUGCAUCUUGGAGAUCAAGACUGUAAUGCAUCUCUGAUACCUAAUGGGACCAUGUUUUAUCCCUCUUUACUCUACCAACAUCAAAUUGAUGCUAGUAGACUUCACGUAGCACCUCAGAGAAUAAAUGGUGUAUUUUCUGCUGAGGAGUCAGCCAUUGCAUCAGGGGAAUCAAAGUCGAGACAGUCGAGGCAUUCACAGAGGAAUAGAAGCCUUGCUAAUAUUCAUGUAGACACUGACAUGGGUCCUCAAAUUAACAUGUGGGGAUUGCCGGCAGAAAGGAGCCCAUUUGCUAGUAAUUUGACUGAAGAUGACAUUCUUGAAAUGACAUAUGAAGAGUAUCUUGAAGCUUAUAGCAGAGGCAGCAAAAGAUUGCCCCACCCUGUUUCAGGACCAUCACAGAGUACACAGAGGUCAUUAGCCAGUGGAGACAACUGUGAUGAUUCGCAAUCAGGUUGCAGUUCGAAGAAAAGGAGAAGUCACUAAAUCUCCCCAUUGGUUGCAUUGGUUUUCUUGGCGAGCGGCUGAUAUGGUUGAUAAUUGUAUUGUUGCAGUUGUUGCGAAGUGGUGGCUCUUGCGAAAUUGUUCCUUUAUUUUUGUAAAACUUAAAACUUAGGAGCAUAUAUUGCUAUAAUGUUGUAGUAUAUCUGUACUGUAUUAUAUGACCCUCUUGUCACCCUUCUCCCCUUCCUGGUUUCGAAUGGAAAAUUUUAUA